AGGUGUUUUGUCUUAGCUCAUCCGCUAACCGCGAUGGGUUGUAAAAUUCUACAUAGUAAGCUAUUUACUUGUGGUCUCCGCAUCAUUUUUGUACUUUGUACAUUAGCUGCAUGUAAGGCCAAUGAAAAUAGUAAUCAUAUUAGAAGGUUCAUCAACAAUAAUGGCGUAUUCGGAGAAAUAUCAAAAAGUUAUUGCAAUGGCGCCUGUGGACAAACGAAAUUUUACUUUGCCAGUGUUCUGAAACGAUAUUGUCAAUUGAAAUGUCCAAAUUCGACUAUUGCGCUUCUUCCACUAAACUCCACACGUCCGCAACAAAAUGUAGAAAAUAAUGGGAGCGUGACUCCAAAUAUGACGCAAGGUGGUCUAAAUCCAUCGAGCGGUGCUCCAAAUGGUGUUGUUUCUUCAACUACUGCAAAACCUCCAACCAAUGCAAAUCCUCAAAGUACAGGAAACCCUGCAAAUAGCAUCAAUCCUGCAAGUACAACCAAGACUCCAAAUACAUCUAAUUCUCCAAACAACGUCAAUCCUUCAAGUACACCGAAGUCUCCAAGUACAACUAAUCCUCAAAAUGCAACUAAUCCUCCAAACAACAUCGAUCCUUCAAGCUCAAUGACGUCUCCAAAUGCAACUAAUCCUCCAAAUUUAACGAAUUCUUCUUCAAAUGGCGUCAGUCCUUCUGGUAUCACAAAUUCUCCAUCUACUCCCAACGCCCAAUCGUAA